ACUCAUUUAUGCUCAGCACUGUAAAUCACUUUGGGUAAAAUCAUCAGCUGAAUAUAAAUCUAAACGUUCCCGAGCUCUGAGUUUUGCCUGAUGGUACUGAUCCGACACUGACAUCUGCUGUUCAGGCUGAGCAUGAACGCAGGAGAUGUCUCAGGCUCCGUGGCUUUGGACUCCGUCAGUUCUGUCACUUUCACACAGGACACCGACGGUACCAUCAUCCUGCACUGUGCUCAGAACGAUGAUGGGCCGAUGGGAUCGGACGAAGAACCCGGACCCAUUCAUAAACGACUGCGUUUGUCCAGUGAGGAGACAGACGACCCCGCCUCCACGCCGUCUGCUUACUCGGUCGUCGCACUUCCACUUUCAGAGCGUGAAGAGAGCUUUGAGGUGACGAUGACGGCUACGGAAAUGAAAGACGAUCUGGAUCAGGAGAGCGGAGAUCAGUCGAAGGAUGAGAAGUUGUCCUCCGCACAGAAAACCACCGACAUGACGGCGGUCAGCCAAGCCUGGUUUACGACAAAAGAGGACAAGAACACGUUAGUGAACAAAGGUCACAAAUGGAAACAGGGGAUGUGGUCGAAAGAGGAGAUUGAUUUAUUGAUGACUAACAUUGAAAACUACCUCAAGAACCGGGGGAUUCAGGAUCCUUCAGAGAUCAUCUUUGAGAUGUCAAAAGAAGAGCGAAAGGAUUUUUACCGUAGCAUCGCCUGGGGUCUGAAUCGUCCCCUGUUCGCAGUUUACAGACGCGUGUUGCGAAUGUAUGACAACCGCAACCAUGUAGGCAAAUAUACUCCAGAGGAAAUUGAAAAGCUAAAAGAGCUCAGGCAGAAGCACGGAAACGACUGGGCCACCAUCGGGGCAGCUCUGGGACGCAGUGCCUCGUCAGUGAAGGACCGCUGCAGACUCAUGAAGGACACGUGCCAUACAGGUAAAUGGACGGAGGAAGAAGAGAGGAGGCUGACGGAGGUGGUGCAUGAGCUGACGGGCACUGAGGCCGGCGACGUGGUGACUCAGGGCGUCUCGUGGGCGUCGGUGGCUGAUCUGGUUGGCACACGAUCAGAGAAACAGUGCCGCUCCAAAUGGCUCAACUACCUGAACUGGAAACAGAGCGGAGGCACAGAGUGGACCAAAGAGGACGAUAUCAACCUCAUUCGCAGGAUCACUGAGCUGGCAGUGGAAGAUGAGAACGAAAUAAACUGGGACGUUUUGGCUGAAGGAUGGAGCAGCGUUCGCUCUCCUCAGUGGCUCCGGAGCAAAUGGUGGACCAUUAAAAGACAAGUGGCCAAUCACAAAGACCUUCCGUUUCCUGUCUUGCUGAAAGGACUGCAGGAUGUUGUGGAAGCUCCCUCGUCCACAGUGAAUAAAGUCGUGGUGGUGGGCUCGCGCUCUGUUCACGCCUCAUCCAGCCCCGUCACUGCGUUACAGAUCCCUGUCCAGAUCCCUGUCCAGAUCACACACGUCUCUUCUUCAGACAGUACGAGUGGGAGCUCUGAAAGCGGGACGAUUACACUGAACUCUGGAGCGCUGCAGACGUUCGAACUUCUGCCAUCCUUCCACUUGCAGCCCACCGGCACCCCGGGUACCUAUUUCCUCCAGACGGGAUCCAAUCAGAGCCUGCCGCUCACACUCUCCACAAAUUCCACCGUCACGCUCGCAGGAUCACCGGGCUCACCGGAGCAGAUUAUCUUACACAGCCUCGGCGGAGACAGCCUGAGCGACAACGUUACCGUGCAAAUGUCUCACCCCGGCAUCAUAAUCCAGACCGUGACAUCCGAAGACCUUCCCGACCCUCUGAGCCAAACAGAGUUGACGUCGGAGCAGGACUUGGCCAGUGAGGAGGCUGCCGAGGUGCCGGCGUGCUCGAAGGAAGGGGACGAGUCGAGUGAGCAGAGCUCUAAAGUCGUGCAAGAGGACUCGACAGAUAAGAGUUCGAAAUUAAAGGAGGAAGCAGUGAAUAGUGGGAUAGGCGACAGUGCGGUGCUAAUCGUCCCAUCACCGAGCAGCUUCAUCCCCACCAGUGACAUCACCACUGACUCCGUCCUUCCCGUCGGUACACUGACAGAUCCCAUUCUUCAGAACCAGGAGGAAGGCUCAGACUGAUGAGCAGCUGGACGGAGGCCGUCGUGAAACCGUGCUGUCAAAUUUGUGCGGCUAAUGCAAGAGAACGUUGUGUGUUUGUGGGUCAACAAGCCACUGUUCUCAAUACACCCUGCUGUCGAGGGCAAGUGUUCUAGUGACGACCCUGUAGCGUGAGCCCGAAUCAUGAGUCACGUUUCCGACACGCUGCCAAACCCGAAAUUAGAUUUAACAGACUAGUAUGAACACUGAGCCAGUCAUCAUGAGGAAGAACCACAGGGACAACACACACACACACACACACACACACACACACACACACACAUAUAUUCACAUAUUAUAUACUGUUUACUUCUAUGGAUCUGUAUACCGUCUGAAAAUUUGUAGCUCUGUACACAAUUAUGAACAAGGUGCAUUCGUAAACUUUUUUUUUUUUAUGGUCUAUUGAAAAGAAAAUCAUUACACUGACUAUUUUAAUGGGCAUCUGAGUACUGCUUUCUCAUUCACAUUGUAUGAACUUUGCACUGUUCCCAUGUCCAGUUACGAUAGCGUGUUUAGCCAAACACCAAAUGUCUGCUUGUCUGGACAGAUGUUAAUUUAUCAAAGGUCACAUUUUCUAUAUGAGUGUAUGGUCCUGUGUUUUAUUUAUUGAAUAAACAAUGUUAUUCACCGUC